ACACCUAUACACCACCUCACACAUACUUACACCCACUGACAGACAGUCAGAUAGAUAGACAGACAGACGCAUGGAAACUUUGAACCGAAAAACUUGCCGCAAAAACUUUUUAAGUAAACGCGCAGCCAAAAAGCAGCCAGAAGCCACAGAGUUUCGGGGAGUAAAGGGCCAACUCAAGGAAAUCAAAAAACGGAAGCCUGAUCCCAAAAAUAAAUCAAAAGUAGAAGGAAGGCUCAAGACAUGUUUCUGUCUGUCUAGAAAAUUUUCAAAAUUAUUUCCCAACAAUGCCAAAUAAACGAAAAGUCACCAGAAGCAAGUCCCGAAGCUCGUCUGUCUUCCGCCGUCUCAAGAAACCCAAACCAGUAUGUCUUCGCAGUUUGGGUGAUCUGAACGGGUCGGCAUCCGCUCUGGAUGCAGCAGCAAAUUGGGCAACGGAAAAUUUGAAGAAGAAGGAGAAUUCAAAGGAGAAUUUGAUGCAGAAGGAGAAAUCGAAAUCCCCAUCAGUUCACGACUUUCUGCCAGACGAUAUUGAGGCGUUACAGUCAGAGAGCAAAAAGAAGAUUCGAAAUCGUGUGGCCAACGCCAUGAGGCUCCUAAACUUCAUCGAGGGCGGCUGCGAAGACAGCGACAGCGAGGACCCCACACCUGUUACCCUCUCACAGAUGCAUGCCCGAGCUCGUAGUCGCAGUGCCCACAGGCGCCCUGCUGCCAUGAGCCAGAGGAAUAAUGAUGUUUGCAGCAAUUGUCUCAUCCGCUGCCGCAGCCGCGGUCAUCGUCGUAACAUUCAAAAGGGUGCCAAAAAGUAAAAGUUUUGAACUGAA